AUGGAGCCAGAUUCGGCGAGGAAGAGGCUCGCAUUGCUGACGCUGCUGCUCCUGGCGGCGCCCGCCCGCCCGGCCUCGGCGGCUCCUGUGGAGGAUGGCCUGCUCAGCAAUGGUGACUUUGAGACAGCACCAGCCGGUGGUUUUGUAAAAUCUGCAUCUGUUGCUGAGGGUGCAUCGUCAAUCCCUGGUUGGACGAUCAAUGGCACAGUUGAACUCAUUUCAGCAGGCCAGCACCAGGGUGGCAUGAUCCUCAUUGUUCCACAGGGGGACCAUGCUGUAAGGCUAGGGAAUGAUGCUAGCGUUGGGCAGGUGGUGGACGUUGAGAAGGGCUCGGAGUAUGCUAUCACAUUCAGCGCUGCCCGGACAUGUGCACAACUGGAGGCACUGAAUGUUUCCGUGCUAGGUGGUGUAUCACAGACAGUAGACUUGCAGACAUUGUACAACAUAGAAGGCUGGGAUGCGUACGCGUUGGCUUUUCAGGCAACGGAAGAGCAGGCACAUCUUCAAUUCAUGAACCCUGGCAUGGAGGAUGAUCCGACCUGUGGUCCUAUCCUAGACAACGUUGCCGUCAAGAAGCUCUUCACUCCAGACAAACCAAAGGAUAACGUGGUGCUGAAUGGAGACUUUGAGGAGGGUCCAUGGAUGUUCCCGAACACGAGCUUUGGCGUGCUGCUCCCAACUAACCUUGACGAGCAGACAUCUGCCAUACCUGGUUGGAUGAUCGAGUCAAACCGCGCUGUCCGCUACAUAGACUCUAAUGAGUACAAGGUUCCCCAGGGGAAGCGUGCCAUUGAGCUUCUGUCAGGCAAGGAGGGUAUCAUCUCCCAGAUGGUUGAGACGACCCCUCAGAAGGUUUACAGCCUGACGUUCACACUGGGCACGGCGGGGGACUCGUGCCAACCACCAAUGGCCGUCAUGGCGUUCGCGGGGGAUCAGGCCCAGAAUUUCCACUACUCCCCAAUGGGCAACGCCACCAGCCAGGCUGCGAAUGUGACGUUCACUGCACGUGCUGAGAGAACACGUGUGGCAUUCUACAGCGUGUACUACAACACGAGGAGUGACGACCACAGCUCGCUGUGUGGGCCGGUGAUUGACGACGUCUGGGUAUGGGGUUUGAACGCAGGGGCUGGGUUGAAGGCAAGUAUUGGACUGGUUAUUGGCAUUGUUGGUGUCGUUGCCAUGGUGUUGUUCUGA